AUGGAACGAAAAGAUCAACGGAAUCAUCUCGACAUGGACACUCACGUGGGUUCCACAUCAAAGAGAAGCUCGCAGAAGAGGCACAGCAGCGUCGAGCUAUUAUGUAACGAAUGCCAAGCUGGAGAACCCCUAGUUGUUGUGGAGAAAAGGGGUUCUGAGAAGGAUAAAAAUGAGCUGCUAAGGGAACUACACAACAUUAAAAGCAACCUAUUUGAUAACUCCUCUUUUUCUAAUUAUAUCCAUUUCUACGAAAUAUAUAACAACUUAAAACGUAUAGUUAAGUAUGAAAAGGAGAAGGAAAAAGGGAAAUGCUUUUUAAAUCCGAUUGGUAGGAAGAAAAAAUAUCUUUUUUAUUUUCUAUAUAUAUUUUUUUUAUUCCUAAAUAUAUUCCUCCUAUUUCGCCUACAGAUAAUAUUUUUAACUCCUAGGGGAUAUAAUACGUAUUAUUAUCCAUACGAAAUACACUUUCAUGUUUUUUUUACAUUUUCUGUUUUGGCAUAUUGUUUUUUUAACGUAUACAUUAUUUUUUUUACAUAUAAAAUAUUUCUAUAUAACAUUGAUGUUAUGUGCUUAAUUAUUUUGCAAAUGUUGUAUAAUGUGUACAUUCGUGAAAAGAAUAAAGAAAUUUACAGAAACACAGAAACGUUGAUUGAGGGUUGUAAAAAGAUUUUUAAGCAUUUGGAUAAAAAUUUUGAUAAUGCUAUAUUGCUACAUGCAGAUGAAAUUUUUAACAAAUUUACAAACAUAUUUAAAUAUAUAAAUAAGGAAAACUAUAAAUUUGAUGAAAAAGAAAAAAAAAAAUACAUACAUUCAAAAUGUGAUGACUUGUUCAUACGAAUUGAGAAGAAUCCCUAUGAUUAUAAGAUGCAAGAAAUUUGUCCAAAUUCGAUUAGAGGAAGUAAUAAAAUUAAUAAUCAUCACCAGACAGAUAAAGAAGUAGCAUUUCAUAACAAGAAACAUGCAUCUGUUGUAAACAUAAAUAAUGAAGACCUGUAUGAACAAUUAAAUUUUCCCACAGAUAACCAUGACAAAAAUUGUCAUUGUAUUAUUCAUAUGAACAGAAAGAAUAUUUACAACAUUUUUGGAAAUUCCAUUUACUCCAAUAUUUAUGAUAUAAAUACAUACCUCAAAUAUAAACAAAACUAUAUUCAUUCCUUAAUGAUAAAAAAAUGUAGACACAAAAUAAAUUGUAUUAAAUAUUUUUUUUAUUUUAUUCCAUAUGUAAUUAAUUUAUUUAUUAAUUUGUUAAUAAAUUUUUACAUCCUUUUUUCCGUUUAUUACUAUAACAACGUUGUUCCGUUGGCACCUCCUUACGAGUUAGCAAAAUUCCACAUUUUUAGUUUACUGCAUUAUAGGGGCAUUUACUACAUUCUAUUCAUAUUCUUUCUCAAUUUUUGUUUUUUCCUCUAUGCACUAUUCCUUUCAAAGCUCAAUAUUAUUCAUAUAUUCCUUCGACAAAUAUAUAAAAAUUGCAAAUACGAAUCUAUAUACUAUUGCGAACAUGUUAUGAAUGAAAUUUAUGAAAAUUUUAUGUUCUCCCAUAUUAUACAAAACCUGUUGAGCAAAAAAUGUACUAUCAGUUCAAACCUAGUGAGUUCAAUGCCAGAUUUACUAGAUCAGAAGAUUGUCAAAUGUACAACCCACUUGGACAAAUCAAAUGAGCUGGAUAAAAGGUGCUAA